GUUUGUUAAAAUGUACUGAGAGAUCAAGUAUGGCAGUUUCAAGUUUACUUUUCAUUCUCAUUGUCUCAGUUUGUGCCCUAACUUCAAGCUCAAGUCAAGAUGAGAGCUUCCAGCAAUGUUUUUCAUCUGAUUUACAGCAUUCUAAUUCAAGUUUGAAAUUAAUCUUCUCUAGGGAUGAGAAUACUUCUGCUUAUUCUUCCAUCUUGCAAUCUUCCAUACGCAACCUACGAUUCUUGAACUCCUCAGCGCCGCUGUUCAUCGUUACUCCACUUCACGAAUCCCACGUCCGAGCAGCCGUAAUUUGUUCGAAGAAACACGGCGUGCAAGUAAGAAUCCGAAGUGGUGGCCAUGAUUACGAGGGCGUUUCUUAUGUAUCUCAUGUUCCAUUCAUCAUCAUUGAUCUUGUGAAUCUUCGGUCUAUCAGCGUCAAUAUAGAGAAUGAGAGUGCGUGGGUCGAGUCCGGCGCAACCGUAGGAGAGUUGUAUUACAACAUUGCAAAUAAAAGUAAUGUCUAUGGCUUCCCAGCAGGGAGUUGCCCUACGGUGGGUGUUGGGGGACACCUCAGUGGAGGUGGAUUUGGUACUAUAUUCAGAAAAUAUGGCCUUGCUGCUGACAAUGUUGUGGAUGCUAAGAUAGUUGAUGUUAAUGGCAAGCUACUAGACAGAAACUCCAUGGGAGAAGAUCUCUUUUGGGCCAUCAGAGGAGGGGGAGGGUCGAGCUUCGGCGUCAUUCUCGCGUGGAAAAUUAAGUUGGUUCCGGUACCGCCGGUCGUUACUAUCUUCCAAGUCGAAAAGACCUUAGAACAAGGCGCAACCGAGCAUCUCCAGAAGUGGCAAACCACUGCGAGUAAGCUUCACGAAGAUCUUUUUCUCCAUGCCGUUGUAGGAGCUGCAGAUGCACCCACAAAAGGCGGAAAAACUGUUCAAGUUUCGUUCGAGGGUCUGUUUCUCGGACCGGUUGAAAAACUCCUCCCUUUGAUGCAAGAUAGUUUUCCAGAGUUUGGUUUGGAGAGCAACAAUUGCACUGAAAUGAGUUGGAUAGAAUCUGUUCUUUACUUUGCAGGCUUCUCAACAAAGGGACCCUUAGAAGUUCUGCUUGAUAGGCCUCCUUUGACAGAUAUCUUCUUCAAAGCAAAAUCAGACUAUGUGAAGGAACCCAUUUCAAAAACUGGGUUGGAAGGGUUGUGGAAAAGACUAAUGGAAGAUGAGAGCUCCUCUCUGAUCUUAUCACCUUAUGGAGGAAAGAUGAGUGCUAUUUCUGAUUCAGAAACACCCUUCCCACAUAGAAGUGGGAAUUUAUAUAAAAUCCAAUAUUCAGUCAGUUGGAGUGUAGACAAAGAAACAGAGGAACACAUGAGGUGGAUGAGAAGCCUUUAUGCCUACAUGGAACCCUAUGUUUCAAAGUCUCCAAGAGAGGCCUAUUUGAACUAUAACGAUUUUGACUUGGGGGUAAACAAUAAUGGCAAUACAAGCUAUGCACAAGCAAGUAUAUGGGGUUUGAAGUAUUUCAAGAACAACUUCCAGAGACUUGUUCAUGUAAAGACUGCCAUUGAUCCUGGUAAUUUUUUCAAGAAUGAGCAGAGCAUCCCAGUUUUUCCACCUCAAGGAAAGAGAUAAUAAGCACAUAUUUAUUGGCUUUUGGAAAAGGUCAGUGUUUACUCCUGAUGAGGCAAAUAUAUGACUGUUUUACA